AUGAGAAAACGUGCCACCAACGAUGUGCAAGCAUUGCCAAGGCAGCUAUCUACUAUGCAGAUUCAAGCCCAGACCAUCAUUAACAGAAAAGAAGUGGAAGCACUCACAAAUGUGCUAUUUCUGCGAAAAAACACUGAUAAAGUGUCUGCUUACCAGAAAUCACGGAAAAAAUCUGUUAAGCCACAAGGUGAAGGAAAAUACUGUGAAGCGCAUAUGGUAGGAACGAUAGAAGAGAAGUCAGGAACAUCCAAAGUAGCGUGGAGAAUCAUGGGCAUGCGCAUGAAGUAA